CUGCUGUUGAGCUUCCGGCAGGUGGACUGCCGGGCUCCCUGCCUUCUUUAUCGUUUACUUCGGUUCCUUCCAACCGUUUUUUAAAGGGCUGGCUGGGUGUUUUUCCUGAAAUGAGUUUGGUGAUUAAAAAUCUUCAGCGGGUGGUCCCCAUCAGAAGAAUGCCACUUCGCAGGAAGAUGGAUUUAGUGACAGCCACGCAUGGACUCUGUCACCUGCUGGGCUUCACCCACAGCUCCGAGGCUGAGUGGCAAAAGAUGUAUAACCAGGAGAAGCUGGUGCUGGAGGAACUGAGCCACCACACUGGAGCUAGGCUCCAGCCUCUGAGCAGGGGACUCUACUGAUGCCGCAAAGCUCUGAGACAGAGGACAUGAUGGACAGAGUCCUGUCCCUCCACGGUGGAUCUUUGCGGGUCAUGUUGACCUGGAGGGCAUCAGCCCAUACUACAGCUUCGUUCUGUGAGUGGGCAUUGGCUUCAGAAAGUACCAAGGAAGUGCCUGCCGGCCCUCACUCUGAUUAGAAG